UAAUGGUCCCCUCCCAGCUGAUGGAAAUUUUCCUAUGAUGGAAACUCCGAAUAAUACAGAUCUGGAUAUUGAUAUGGAGAUUGACAAUAUGGUAUUGGAAGAAAUAGUCCCAGAGGAUAUGACUGAUGUAAGGUUUCCUUUCUCCUUUUCUUGUAGUGUUAAGUCAUAAGAAAACAUUAUGAAUGAGACAAAUAAUGAGGUGUGAGUUGGGUUGGCCAAAGACAGCUCUUUUAUGUCCAAUGGUUAAACCCCUACUCAGAACUGAUUAUUUGUCUUGUCUCCCAACUAAAUAGCCCAUGGUACAUGUAGUUUUAUUAUCCUGAAAAAUCUUAACUCUGGAAAACUUUGAUGUCUAUACAAGACAAUUAAAUCCUCCUUAUAAUUUAUAAUUUGAAGGAAAAUGAUACAUAUUAAUUAAUCUCCACAUAGAAAAUAUUAUGUGAAUGUAAAGUGUUGUACUUUGUCGGUUUGCUAAUCUAUAAAUUAAUUAUGUUCCCUUAGAAGAAGGGAGGACAUAUUACUUUGCUGCUGUCUGUCGGUCAGUCUGUCAGUCCACCAAAAGUUUUCGGCUGUUCAUUUUAUUCGCAGAGGAUGUACAUACUGAAAUAAAAUUUUAUAAACAAAUUUAUCAAAAGAAUAUCUAGGUCUGGUCAUGUUCUGUUUAUAGUCUGAUCAAGUAAUUUUUGACAGACUUAUGCCCUUUGGACUUAUAAACAGAAGGGGGAGGCAUAAUUAAGUGUUUCACUAACAUCUGUUGUUAGCUCACUUGAGCUGAAAGCUCAAGUGAGCUUUUCUGAUCACCCAUUGUCGGUCGUCCGUCUGUCUAGCUGUCUGUUCAUACAUCUGUCUGUAAACUUCUCAAGUUUUCAACUUCUUCUCAAGAACCACUGAGCCAAUUUUCACCAAACAUGGUACAAGGCAUCCUUGGGUAAAGGGGAGUGUAAAGUAAAAAUGAAGGGGCAAGGCCUCUUACAAGGGGAGAUAAUCAAGAGAAGACAAAAAUAGGGCGUGGUCAUUGAAAAAUAUUUUCAAGAGCCACUGAGCCAGAAAAAACUGAAACUUGUGUGGAAGCAACCUGGAGUAGUGUAGAUUUAACAAUAACAUCAUCUAAAUUAUGACUCUUGGGUGUAGGGAGGGUGUCAAUGGGUAUUGCAAAGGGGAAAUCUGGUAAAGAAUAGCAUGUUAAACGUUACUCAGAUGAGUGAUGUGGCUCAUGGGCCUAUUGUUUUUAUUUUUUGAACAUUUCUCAUUCUUAAUUGUUUUUAUACCCUAGCUCUGAAGGAGAGGGGUAUACUGUUAUGCCUUAGUGUGUCUGUUUGUGUGUCAUAAAGUGGGAUUCAAUUAAGGAAUGCUUUUAUGUUUUGUGUGAGUUAUUGGUGUGUGAAUCACACAUACUUGUCACGUAGGCAUAUGUAAUGAAGAUUGUUGCAUUUUUACCAACAUUGUUGUAGCCUUAUUGUGACGUCACGUUAAUGCACAUUUCUCCUUGUAUAUUUCUACGCGUGAGUAUACACGAAAAUGGUUUUCACAAUUGGCUUACUAGACAAAAACAGCAAAUGUAAAUAUUUUUGUAUGAAUUCAAUCUGAUGUCAACUUCCUGUUUCUUGAUAUGGCUGUCCAUUCUGUUGCAGCUUUCUCAGCAACUAUUCAUUGCAGUUGAAUGAAAUUUUAGUAUAUUUUUGUUUAGGCUUGUCAUAUGGUGGGAUUCACAGAAAUUUUAUGUCAGCUUCUUUUUAAUCCAUGCGUCUGUCAGCAUCAAUAUUUUCACAUCAGAGUGGAGGCUGGUAUUACAUGUACUUUAGUGAGCAUUGGCUCACAGACUUCUUGUUAUGAAUGCAAAAUUACAACAGCUUUUGAUGUAUCAUUUAUGAUGAAAACUUAUAAUCUUAGGGCUUCAAUUUUAAUGACAUAAUUAAUGCACACUACAUGAUGGAUACGGAGGUUCAGCACCAGGAUAGGUAUCUUUCCAGAUUUGGACUCCAUCGUAUUCCAAUUGUUGGCGAUGGAAACUGUUUGUUUAGAGCUAUUAGUUUCUCUCUCUAUGGUCAUCAGGAUAGUCAUGCAUAUCUCAGAAAUUUGGCUAUUGAAACUUUAAGAGCUAAUAUUGAAGAGUUUUCAGAUUAUUUUUUAUCAGACAGAGGAACCCCUUUAGAGCAACUUCAACGAUUAGGUCAACUUGGAACUUAUGCAGGACAGGAAUGUAUAUAUGCAUUGGCAAAAGCUUUAAAUCUCAACAUUCUGGUUACGUUUGGUGGAGAUGAUUCCUCCUCUGAAGUCACAACCAUGGAAAAUACUUUCACUGCUGAUCCUACACAAAACCAGAUUCAUAUAAUAUGGAGUAGAUAUGGCGGAGGUCAUUAUGAAGCAGUUGCAGACAUGGAAGUUCAGGAUCAGGCUUCAGCUCCACCCAUGUAUCCUGUCACUGGCAAUCAGAACAAUCUCCACACAAAGCCAUGGACAAAAAGUACCCCUUUCUCCAAGCCAGCAGAUGUUACACUUUUAGGUAAAGAGAAAAAUAGUUUAAGAGGAAUGUAUUCUAUGCAAAAGUCUGCAGCUCCAGGUAAAGGUCAUAUAUCAGAGCUACAUAGCUAUACCAAGCCAGAACUGCCUGCGCAGCCAUUAGCAGAGAAAAAAUUUGUGUGUUCGGAAUGCAAAGUUUCAUUUUUCAAUUCUGUCACACUUAAAAAGCACAAGGCUAAACACCAUCAGAGAAAUCUGAAAAAGCCAGGUAAGGAUUUGUAUCCAUGUAUGGCAUCAACAUGCUUCUUGCAAUUUAGAACAAAAGAACAGUUAGUUGAGCAUGAAAUUCAGGCACAUGGGGCAAAUAUUCUAACAGAAAACCUAAUUUUUGAAACUAAGGAUGAUUUUAAUAAAUUUAAAGAACAGGAGGAAAUAUCAUUAAACACACGUUAUGUGUUAAGGAAUAAGGUGCAACAGAACAAAAAGAAGGAAAGAGUGUACUGUCUUGAAUGCCAUAGAAAUGGUUGUACAAGGUCACAUAAAAAAAAGGAUAUCAAGUUAAAUCUUCCAAGAAAAACAUAAAGGGAAAGUGCCAGUUGAACAGCAUUUGUCCAGCAAGGUUUUCUGUACGAGAAAGGGAAGAUGGAAAGGUCUAUGUAAGGUACAUAAAAUCCCAUACUCAUUCUUUGUCCUUUGAACACAGCAAAUUUUUGUCCAUUCCGGAAAGUAUAAAAUCAGAAAUUUUAGGUAUGUUGUCCCUUAAAAUACCAAUCAACAACAUAUUAGACAAAAUUCGGGAGAAAUUUUCUGGCAGGGAUAAUCGAGACAACCUGGAGGAUAUCAAAUAUUACAAUUUAAUUGAUCGGAAAACGAUCCACAACUUAAAAAGGAAAUUGGCAGAUCCAUCAAUUAUACAACAUAGCAAUGAUGCAAUUUCUACGUAUUUAAAAGUUGAAAUGCUCAAAAGAGAAAAAUUUAACCCGAUUUUAAUUUUCAAGCAGCAAGAUAUUGAUAAUAACCCAUCAGUAACACCAGGACUGAGAAAAGAGGACUUUAUGCUUGCUUUCAUGACAAAACAGCAGCUGGAAAUUUACCAAAAGUUUGCCAAUAGAAUAUUAUGCAUGGAUUCAACACAUAAAACAAAUAGCUAUUCCUUUAAAUUGAUAACACUUUUGGUUCCUGAUCAGUUUAGGAAAGGUUACCCAGUGGCAUUUUGCAUUUCUAAUAGGGAGGAUGAAACAGCCAUUGCUCUGUUUUUAAAUUCUGUGAAGUCAAGGUCACCUGAAACACAGGUCAAUAUCUUAAUGACAGAUGAUGACAAUGCAGGAUGGAAUGCUGCAAGGUCGACUUUUGGGGACGAAUUACAGCAUUAUUUGUGCACUUGGCAUAUUUAUAGGUCAUGGACACGCAAUGUUCAACACUACUUUAGAGAUGAUGAACACAAAAGUAUUGCUUUUAGUUUUCUAUGUGCUAUGUUGGAAGCUAAAUCUGAGAGCCAGUUUCUUCAAUACAAAUCUGCUUUUAUUGCCAAACUGCAAUCAUUAAAUCCAACUUUUUUGAAAUACAUGGAAGAUAAUUAUUUUUGCAGAGCAGAGAAAUGGGCAAAGUGUUUCAGGAAAGGUGAAUACUGUAAGGUUGAUACAAACAUGUUCAUUGAAAGUUUUCAUAACCAACUAAAAACUGUUUAUUUUGAGGGUAAAAGAAACAAAAGAAUUGAUGUCCUAUUGGAAACUUUGUUAAAGUUGGAGAAUAACUUAUUUAUCAAUUAUUUCAAGAGAGUUUCUUAUAAUCUGCCUUCCAAAGAGGAUUCAGAUACCCAAAAGAGGCAUGAAAGUAGUCUACAUAUUCACGACAGGGAAAUAAAGCAAAUUUCUGAAAGUUUCUUCAUUGUAGAAUCAGGAGAAAGGCAAUAUAUAGUUGAAAUUUGGAAUAGGUACUGUAAUUUAGAGCAUUGUUAUGUUAAAUGCAAGGAAAUGCCAUGCAUUGAUUUAUGUUAUCAUUUAUAUAAAUGCAACUGCCCUGACAAUGAAAAUGGCUUUUUAUGCAAACAUAUUCAUAAGGUACAUAGCAUGUGUACAAGCUACAGAAAUGGGGAUGAAUGUGGGGAAUCUAAUGAGACACUAUUUGUCAACCCACAGCAAGACUCUUCUCAGUCCCAAAAUGCCCCCGUUGAUCCAGAAACUCAAUAUAGGCAGAUAAAGAAACUUAUGCAGCAGAUAAAUAGUCAGCUGGAAAAUCCAAAGGUCAGAGAAAUGAGAUUUCAAACAAUACUUCAGACAUUUCAAGCAAUAGCUGCUGGUAAUGAUGCAUGUAUCAACCUUUCAGAAGACACAGGGAAGCUCAAGGAGACUGAGAAAAUUUCAGGCAAUGCCAAUAAUAUUAUACAGCCUAGAUUUCAUUCUACAGAAAAGAAAAAAGGAAGACCUAAAAAAGCUCCAUUGAGAAAACCAACUGAAGAAGAAAAGGAACGUUUGUUGAAUCAUCAAGACUUGCCACAGCCACCUUCAGAAGCACCUGUAAACACACCCUUACCAUCAGUUGCCCCUUACCCUCCUUUGAGAUUGGUGCGCCCUGCCCCUUCCACCUCUACACAGCUACCUACCACACCAGAACAACCAUUGUUUGAAGUGAAUGGUCAGAUGGGACUGCAGCCAUGGAUGAGAGUGCCACCAUCACUGAUGGGGAGGAGGAUCAAAGUCAAGACAAAGGAUGGAAAAACUCAAGUCUUGAUAUUCACAAAAGGAGUCGCGGAUACAGAUACAAAUAAUGAUGGUCACUAAGACUCGGAUAUAGAAACAUGAAAUGCAUUGUGAAAAAAUUUUUUUUGUUAAUUUAUUCUAAGGUUAUAUUGUUGGAAAAAAGCUUCUAGAAGAGGAAUUCUUGAUUUAUUUGAACAUCAAAAACAGUAGGAAAGACCAAGAUGUAUAUACAGUCUAGAAUAUUGGAGGCUUGUUAUCUGAUUAGCAUUUCCUGUAGUAUUUAAAUCUAUGUUGGAUAAUUCACUCAAGAACUUUGAAGAUGAUUCAUUUCUAUAGCAAUGAGGGUGAUUGAUCCUUUAAUAUUUUUUCUUAUCUUUUCAUGUGUACAAGGACGGAGCCACCCGGAAACAGACCUAUGUCACUUUGAGCAUAAUGUCAGUCCAGUAGCAGGUUGGCAAUGGCAGAUAGGCUUUUGUCUUAGCCAGUGCUCAAGUGUCAUUAGGUUUGAUUUCCAGCUGAGAAUGGGAGCCACUCACCAUAGGAAUAGAAAUCCACAGAGGACCAAAAAGGGACCUGUUUCACUUUGAGCAUAAAGUCAGUCCAGUAGUAGAUUGGCAAUGGUAGAUAGGCUUUUGCCUUAGGCCAAUGCUCAAGUGUUACUAGGUUUCCUGUUAAACUGACAGUGCCUAUGGAAAUUUAUCUCCAUCUCAGGAUCAAGUCCUUUGUUCAGGUGACAAGAAGGUCCUUUCAUAUUAUUGCCAAUGCAUAUCAAAUUUUCCACAUGAUAUCCUAACUUAAGUAGUUCAGAGAGAACUUAGCUCUAGUUUACAUGUUAUCAAGUUUUUAUUUGUUUUUAGUUCACAUUAAUUAGCCAAAAGUUGCAUUGAGCUUUUCUGAUUGAAAAGUGUCUAUUGUCGUCAGUUUAAGCUUUUCACAUUUUUUCCCUCUUCUCCAGAACAACUGGAAAAUAUCAACCAAACUUGGCAAAAACAAUCCUUGAGUAAAGGGGAUUAACUUUGUUCCUAAAGGGUGGCAUCUUGGGAACCAAGAAUCAAGAAAAAGAGAAAGGGUUGGUCUUAAGGUGUGAAUCCUAAUGAUUAUUUACCAGUGGUUGUAUAUACAUAUAUUAAAUGAUUGAGAAGGCUGCUCUUCUUUGCGUCAUAGGCAUUUAGAUAAGAUAAGCAGACAAACUAAGUAAAAAGUUUUACUGAAAUUCAUUUAUGAAAUUCAUAGCCUCAGGAUCAGGGUUACUCAGGUGAUUCUUGGAUCUUUUGUCUAAUUAGUAGUAUGGAUGCAAGGUUUAGGAUGGGGCUAAAAUUGGGUAUCAAAUGAAAUAAAAUCUUUUGAGAACAUUUUUUUCUCCAGAAUAGCAAGUUCAUUUUAGUAAUAUUUGAGUCAAAAUUUACCGGUGGUCAAAUUGGUAAUGAAAUAUACCCAUUAUAACUUGAUUCAAGUUGAGUUAAAUCAUAUAAGUCCUUGUCCGAGGUGAGAGUAUUGGUCCAUGGGCCUCCUUCUUGUUAAUGUUUGUUGUUGUUUUUAUUUUUUGUUGUUUUUUUUUUACACUUUUGGUGCAUGCAUACCAGUUCUUUAUUUGAAAGAAUUUUUUAUAAAAGAAUUUCAACUGUUUCCCAACUGAUGAAGCCCGGACAGUUGAAAGUUACUUGUACAUGUACAUGUAUCAAUUGAUAAACAAAUGACACAGAGGAUUUAAUAGCAAAUAGAUACAUUUUCAUAUGAAUUAUAUUCAAUAAAUAACUUAAAAACAUUCAAGAUUCUCUAAGUUUUUCUAUGUGUAGCCUCCUUGCUUAUUUCUGUUUUUCAUGCUAUUUAUCCUGCUUCUUAAAAUAUGAAUACAAAAAGAUGAAGAUAAAAUUACUAGAUUAAUUGUUCUUGUUAUCUGUCUAAAUAUUCUUUUGUAUAUAUGUAAAAAUUCAUGUGUUAUGACCAGAAAUACUAGUAGAUCAUUUUAAUACAAAACUUUGUUAAUGACCCAGAUGAAUUUAUUGUCCGUAAUUUAAGAAGAUUGCAUAUGAAUAUUAAAUAAUUUUAUGAUAUAUCAAAGGCAUACAUUGUUAUAAACAAAUGCAAGAUAAAUUGAAUACAUGUGCAUAAAUGUAUGAAUGUAUCAAAUUAUAUAUACUAUAAAAAAUUAAUUUACUUUCAGUUUAUAUUUCAACAAUUAUGAUGCUAAAUUUACAUUUAUGCAAUCAAAGGUGCAAUUGAUACAUUCAUACAUAUAGGGCAGAAACUCACUUGGCAGAAUAAGCAUAAUAUUUAAGAGUUUAAAUCCUUAUUUUUCAUUUUUCCUGAAAUUCAGCAUAUAAUGUUAUUAUGAUAAAGAUAUUUAUCUUUUUGAAAUAAAAAAAAU